GAGCGCGCACAGGCUGUUCUGAGAGGAGAGCGGAGAGCGCGUUCACGAGGCUUUGACCCACCAAAUCUGUAGCUAAAUCACCGGAACGCCGGCGACGAUGGUGCUGCCGCCGCUGCUGUCAGCGGGGCUCGAGCCCUCGGUCCGGCCGUGUUACUCCUGAGCGCGCGCGCGGGCGGGCCAUGCCCUCCGCCACCCCGGCGAGGAUGUAUUUUCACCGGAGAUCGAAGAAGAUCCACAGCGAGGGAGAGCAGUUAGUGUUGACCCCUCUUAGCCAGGAGUCACCCUGCCGGCAGGACCAGCCCAUGAGCUCCAACAUGUGCUCCCGCCUGGCAGACAGGCUUGAGAAAAGACCCGCUUGCUCGUCGGCUGGCUACCGAAAGGCAGACGAUGAGAUGUCUGGGACCACAUCCCAGACGGAGCCCAUCGACGCCACAGCCCGAACCGUCCUCCUUAACCGGCCUCAGAACACCAAGUUCUGCGACAAUCAUGUCAGCACGACGAAGUAUGGCAUCUUCACCUUCCUGCCUCGCUUCCUGUACGAGCAGAUCCGGCGAGCUGCCAACGCUUUCUUUCUCUUUAUUGCCCUAAUGCAGCAAAUCCCGGAUGUAUCUCCGACAGGUCGCUACACCACCUUGGUGCCCCUCAUCUUUAUUCUGACUGUGGCUGGGAUUAAGGAGAUCAUUGAGGACUAUAAAAGGCAUAAGGCAGACAACACAGUAAACAAGAAGAAGACCACAGUUCUGCGCAAUGGAGCGUGGCAAACCAUCAUUUGGAAGCAGGUGGCAGUGGGAGACAUAGUGAAGGUGACCAAUGGGCAGCAUCUCCCCGCUGACAUGGUCAUAGUGUCCUCCAGUGAACCUCAGGCCAUGUGCUACACUGAGACAUCCAACCUGGAUGGAGAAACCAACCUGAAAAUCAGACAAGGUCACUCUCUGACGGCCAGCGUUCAGUCUGUGGAAGAGUUGAUGGGUCUGGCUGGUCGGCUGGAGUGUGAAGGGCCUAACAGACACCUUUACGAUUUCACUGGCACACUGCGCCUGGACAACCACAAUCCAGUUCCUCUGGGCCCAGACCAGGUGUUACUGCGCGGUGCCCAAAUUAGAAAUACACAGUGGGUUGUGGGUAUUGUAGUCUACACUGGCCAUGACUCCAAACUCAUGCAGAACUCCACUAAAGCCCCUUUAAAGCGCUCAAAUGUGGAGCGAGUGACUAACAUGCAGAUCCUGGUGCUCUUCUGCAUCCUCCUGGUCAUGGCACUUGUGAGCUCCAUUGGAGCGGCCAUCUGGAACAAGCAGCACACUGACGAAGCCUGCUGGUACCUCUCACGUGCAGGUGACAUCUCUCUGAACUUCUGGUACAAUCUAUUGACCUUUAUCAUUCUCUACAACAACCUGAUCCCCAUUAGCCUGCUGGUCACACUAGAGGUUGUCAAGUUCACACAGGCGCUUUUCAUCAACUGGGACAUGGAGAUGUAUUAUUCAGAGACAGACACACCCGCCAUGGCUCGAACAUCCAAUCUGAAUGAAGAACUUGGCCAGGUGAAGUAUCUGUUUUCCGAUAAGACAGGCACUCUGACCUGCAAUGUCAUGCACUUUAAAAAAUGCACCAUAGCUGGAAUUACAUACGGGCACUUCCCUGAUCUGGAAUGCGAUCGAUCCAUGGAGGAUUUUAGUAACCUCCCCUCCAGCAGCAACAACUCCACAGAGUUUGAUGAUCCUGCUCUGAUUCAAAACAUUGAAAAAAAUCAUCCCACCUCUCCUCAGAUUUGUGAGUUUUUGACGAUGAUGGCCGUGUGUCACACUGUUGUUCCUGAGCGAGAAGAAGAUCAGAUCAUUUAUCAGGCCUCCUCACCAGAUGAGGGAGCUUUGGUAAAAGGAGCCAAGAGUCUGGGCUUUGUGUUCACGGCAAGAACUCCUCAUUCAGUCAUUAUUGAAGCGCUCGGGAAGGAGAUGUCUUAUGAGUUGCUGAAUGUUUUGGAGUUUUCCAGCAACCGAAAGCGCAUGUCAGUGGUGGUCCGAACCCCAACAGGAAAACUACGACUGUACUGCAAGGGAGCGGAUAAUGUGAUUUUCGAGCGGCUGAACGAAACAUCCCAGUAUAAAGAUCUGACCAUAGUCCACCUGGAACAGUUCGCCACUGAAGGUUUGCGGACCCUGUGCUUUGCGUAUGUGGAUCUGGAGGAGGGUGCGUAUCAGGAGUGGCUGAAGAAGUAUAACAGCGUCAGUACAGUCUUAAAAGACCGCGCUCAGAAACUGGAGGAAUGCUAUGAACUGAUUGAGAAGGACCUGCUGUUGCUCGGGGCGACGGCUAUAGAGGACCGCCUUCAGUCAGGUGUCCCAGAGACCAUCUCCACUCUCAUGAGAGCAGAUAUCAAGAUCUGGGUUCUGACUGGAGACAAGCAGGAGACUGCCAUCAACAUUGGUUAUUCCUGUAAGCUGGUGACACAUGGUAUGUCCCUCAUCAUUGUCAAUGAAGACUCUCUAGAUGCCACUCGAGCGACUCUGAUAGCCCACUGCUCAUCUCUGGGAGAUUCUCUGGGGAAGGAGAACGAGCUGGCCCUCAUCAUCGACGGACAGACGCUCAAAUAUGCUCUGAGCUUCGAAGUCCGGCAGGCCUUUCUGGACCUGGCGCUGUCCUGCAAAGCUGUCAUCUGUUGCAGGGUGUCUCCUCUACAGAAGUCAGAAAUAGUGGACAUGGUGAAGAAACAUGUGAAGGCCAUCACACUGGCUAUUGGAGAUGGAGCGAAUGACGUGGGAAUGAUCCAGACUGCUCAUGUAGGAGUAGGAAUCAGCGGCAAUGAGGGCAUGCAGGCUACAAACUCAUCAGAUUACUCUAUAGCACAGUUCUCAUACCUGGAGAAGCUGCUGCUGGUCCACGGAGCCUGGAGCUAUAAUCGUGUUACUAAGUGCAUCCUGUACUGUUUCUAUAAGAACGUGGUGCUGUAUAUUAUAGAGCUGUGGUUUGCAUUUGUGAAUGGGUUCUCUGGGCAGAUUCUGUUUGAGCGCUGGUGUAUUGGCCUCUACAAUGUGAUUUUCACAGCGCUCCCUCCCUUCACGUUGGGUAUUUUCGAUCGGCCGUGCAGCCAACAGAACAUGCUGCGGUUCCCACAGCUGUACCGCAUCACACAGAAUGCAGAUGGAUUUAACACUAAGGUGUUUUGGGGUCACUGUAUAAAUGCUCUUAUCCAUUCCAUCAUCCUCUUCUGGUUUCCACUAAAAGUACUGGAACACGAUACCCCGUUUCAGAAUGGAAACAGUGUGGACUACCUGUUCGUGGGAAACAUCGUCUACACAUAUGUGGUGGUCACAGUAUGUCUGAAAGCUGGUAUGGAGACCACAGCAUGGACAAGGUUCUCUCACCUGGCUGUGUGGGGCAGUAUGGUGCUCUGGAUGCUCUUCUUCGCUGUUUAUUCUGUUAUAUGGCCACACAUUCCCAUAGCCCCGGACAUGCUGGGCCAGGCUGGCAGGGUGAUGCAGUGCUGGAGCUUCUGGCUGGGGCUGAUACUGGUGCCUGCAGCAUGCCUGCUUAAAGACGUGGCAUGGAACGCUGGAAGGCGUACAGUUCGGAAAAGUCUGCUGGAGGAGGUGCAGGAGCUGGAGGCUCGGGCUGUGGACCCUGGAGCGGCUGUCCUCAGAGAUGCCAGCGGCCGCAGUCUGAACGAGCGCGCCCACCUGUUGACUCGGGUGUUCAGGAAGACGCCUUCCAGUGUGGGGCGCUCCAACUCAGUGCAGCAGACCGUGUCACAUGGCUAUGCAUUCUCCCAGGAAGAGCAUGGAGUGGUGUCCCAGUCCCAGGUCGUGCGCUCCUACGACACCACCCGCCAGCGGCCCAGCCUGUAGCUGGGCAACACAUCACGAUGGAGUUGCCGUGGCAACAGCUGACUUUUUAAGGGACACACUCGUGCUGUGGCCUUACUGGACCUCUGAAGUGAACUGGAUUGAACUGGCUUUGGCCUAUGCUGGGCCUUGCUAUACAUUAACCAAGCCUUUCCAGGCAAGACUAUAAUGCAGGGGGAAAGUGGGUGGGGUUUAUUUGGGGGAGGGGCUAUCUCACAUUGGAACGGCCAGUCAAAACGCAACCAAUUCUGCGACGGAUGGGCUUGAGGAGCCAGUCAGCAUCCAGACCCGAAGCAUGGAAAACCAGAGACAGUGGCGUUUCUCUCUUUAACGUUUGUGUAACACGCUGCAACACACAGCCCUGUGGAUGUUGUCAUGCAUGUGCGUAUACAUAUGUUUGUAUGUGCAUUGGGUGUGUUUGUGUGUGUGUGUGUGUUUGCUCCUAUUUCUGCUGUGUGUAUGGGUUGACUGACUAAUAUAUGGCAAGGCUCCACUGUUGUUUGGGUGAGUGUGCUUGUAGAGUGCCAGUAGAGAUGUGAGAGGUGUUUGUGUGUGUGACACUGAAAAAAGUUAUGCUCUGAAUCAAAUUCUAAUCUAAUUCUAAUAUACACUGUUGUCCAAAAAGUAGGAUAAAGCUACUUAAAGAUAAACUGCAUAGACAAAAUUAUUGGGACAUUCAAAUGUUUUACAAAAUCAAAUUUAAAAAAGGUUUAUCCUGCUUUUGUUGGAGUAACUUUCUUCAAUAUCUGAGGAAGAACUUCUAAUAGAUUUUUUAGUAUUGCUGCGAGGAUUCGAUUGCAUUAAGGUCAGGACGUUGAAAGGAUGAUCAUCACCCCACCCCAACUCAUCCCAAAAGGAUUGGAUGAAACAACAUAAUGUCAGAAAACACAGUUCCACUGCUCCACAGCUCAAUGCUGAAUGGCUUUAUAUCCCUUGAGCCCAAACCUGCCAUUAGACAGGAGGCCAAUAGGUUCAUUUUAAUCUACUCCAGAGAGUCCUAUUCUAUUGCCAAUACUUCUCUACAUUGACUAAGCAAGCUGUGUGAGUGCAUUUGCAAAUCUGUGCAAUGCAUUCAUUAGAUGUUAAACAUGGGGAUGGAGUGGUAUUACAGCCAGUGGCACAGGGGUUAAUUUUAACAUUUCUAAGAAUGCAUUCAGUUAAAUAUCAGCAAAUUCUGAAAGCGUUCAUUAUACCCUGUGUAAAAAAAAAAGCUGACAGAGAAAAGAGGAGGACUUCUACAGCAGAAUAUAAUCCUGAACACUCCUCAAAAUCUACAAUCAACUACCUCAAUAGGUGCUAGCUGAAAGUUUUGCCAUGGUCUUUCCUUACACUUCCCUGAACUAAACAUAAUAGAAAAUAUGCAGAUAUUAAAUAUAAAACGGGCACAGGAUUGUUACUUCAGAAAUGUGUAAUUAGAGAAGUAAACAGCAAAAUAGUCACAGGGGUUGGAGCUGACAGAAAGGCUACAGUAAAGCAGAUAACCACCAUAAACAGUUGUGGGGAAUUCACAAAACGUUAAACCUUGAGGUAGAGGUGGAAGACCAAUAAAGAACAGAAAGCCGAGGCUGCAGUUGACAAACAAUUGUAAAAAACUACAGCUGUACACAUCUAACUAUAAAUAUUGGAAAAAUGUAUCCUGGUCUCAGUCAGAAUUUGCAAACAAACUCAAUCUGCCUUGUGUGAACAGUCUUUGGGCAGUUAGUGUUGUUGAGUGAGUACUCUUAAUGGCCAUGUGCAUUAAUGACCACAACUAGCCCAUCUUCCAAUGGCUACUUUUAGCAUGAUAAUGAGCCAUGUAACAAAGCGGAACUUGUCUUAAACUGGAUUCAGUGAGUUCAAUGAGUUUAGUGUUCUUCAGUGGCCUUUCCAGUCACCUGAUCUGAAUCCAGUAGAACACUUUGGGAUGUGGUAGAACUGGAGAUCCCCAGCAUUAAAGAGCUUCUGAAAAAUCAGCAGGAAUCGUGUAAUGUGAUCAUAUCAACACAGUGUGUGUAUUUUGGUUAAUGUAUCUGGGCGUAUGGAAAAGAAAUGCAUACAUUAGAAUGAAGAUGAUUCAAUCCAUCACUUUUUUCAGAAGGUGUGUGUGUGUGUGUGUGUGUGAGAGAGAGGGAGAGAGAGAGAGAGAGAGAGAGAGAGCAAGUAAGAGAGAGAGAUUUUGGUGGGAAUGAGAAAGGUGUGCCUGUGAGUGAGAAAAGCUAUAAGUAUGUGUAUGUGUGUGUGUGUGUGUGUGUGUGUGUUUCAUCUGUUUGUUGAGCUUGGAGUUUAGCCUGUCCGUCAUCGCUGGUGUGAUGCAGGGAGCACUCUAAAAUAAACUUCAAACACACACUCUGAA